CAGAAAAGGGGCUGAAGAGGACGUAAGAGUAAAAGAAGGAGCACGUAGCAUCAUUUUUAUAGAUGACACCUACAAAGAAAAAGAGGUGUCAGCGGCUAGAAUGGCUCUUAAAAUGUGCUCCCCAGACCAGCAGCAGCGGCAUCACCACCUGGGAGCCUGUUAGAAAUGUACAUUUUUGUGUCCCACCCCAGACCUACAGAAUCAGAAACGGGGUGGGGGGGGCAGCACUCUGCGAUUGAACACAUCUUCCAGAUGAAUCUGAGGCACACUAAGGUUUGAGAGCCCCUGGGCUACCAAGUGACAGGGGUCCAAUACAAAAAGGGUAGCUGGGGAAGGCCUCUGUGGGGGGGGGGGCAUUUUGUGUCUAUCUUCUCUUUUAGAGCAUAAGCCCCUUGAGGGCCAGGAUUUGGGGCUGUCUUACUCUCUGCUCUGCCCAGUGCCAGGAACAGCAUCUGACACCCAAUAGGUGCUUAGCAAACGCUGAAUGAAUGUAUUUAAGAAACAGCAUCUACUGUAUGCCCGGCGCUGUUCUGAGGACUUUUAAAAAUCUUAAACUCCCAAUCUUUGCAACAAACUCUAUGCUGUAGGCUCAGGGAGGGGGUUGUCACCUACCCCCAGUUACUCGAUAGAACAUGGCCAAGCUGAUUCCCUCCCCAGGCCAGUGUAUAUGUGUGUGUGUGGGGGGGGGGUCCCAGCUGGAGCCCCGGGACAGUCAAUAUCCCCAAUUCACUCUCAAACCCUUCUCCCCACACUCUUCUCACUUCCCCUUCUCACUUCCCCCGCUGCUGACCUCCCCUGCCCUUGCUGACCACAGGCAACCUCACUUUCAGGAAAGAGGAUGAAGCAAUUAUCUUAAUGCCUGCUCCACUCAAUGAGGGGCACACUGAGCUCAUUUCAUCCUUGUUCAACACCCACAUGAGGUUGACCCAUUGUGGGAGAGACCGCAUUUUACAGGGGGGAAAAAAAUGAGGCUCCACAGAGAGUUUCAAGCGACUUGCCCAAGGUCACACAGCUAGGACGUUUAUGCUCCAGGGAGCACUGAUUGAGUGCUAAGGAGUUGUUGCUGGGCAGGGUGUGGUUGCUGGGGAUACAGUGACAAGCAAGACUGGGAUCAAGAGGGAGACAGGAGGUAGGGAGGGGAGAGUGGAGCAGGAGGCUCCGGGGCAAAGGUGCCAGGAGAGAAGUCGGAACUGCGGAGACUCUGCACGGCACCCUCCCCUCCCGCCCCGCCCCCCGCAGCCCUUUUCCUGCCCAGUUCCUCCUGGCCCGGUUCCUCUUUGCCCUGAUCCCAGCGUCAGGUCAGCCCAUACAAAGCCGGGCCUCCUCUCUGGCAGGGCGGCAGGACCGCAGGGGUGCAUGCUCAACAUGCGGGCUCCUCAGUUGCUGUUGCUGCUGCUCGCCCUGCUGCCGGCUGCAGGCUCAGUCCCCGUCCUCUGCUUCACCCACUAUGAGGAAUCCUCCGGCAUAUGCAAGGGCCUCCUGGGGGGAGGUGUCAGUGUGGAAGACUGCUGUCUCAACCCUGCCUAUGGCUUCCAGGAGCCUGGCAGCAAGCUUUGUCAGGCAUGCAGGCCCCCACAAUGGUCCCCGUGGUCUGCGUGGGCCCCCUGCUCAGUGACCUGCACUGAGGGAUCCCAGUUGCGGCACCGUCGCUGCAUAGGCCAUGGUGGGCAGUGUGCCGAGAAGGUGGAGCCCGGGACCCCUGAGUGGCAGCUGCAGGCCUGUGAGGACCAGCCGUGCUGUCCUGAGAUGGGUGGCUGGUCUGACUGGGAGCCCUGGAUGCCUUGCUCUGUCACCUGUUCCAAAGGGAUCCGGACCCAUCGGCGAACAUGUAAUCAACCCACCCCCAAGUGUGGGGGCCACUGCCCAGGAAAGCCACAGGAGUCUGAGGCCUGUGACACCCAGCAGGUCUGCCCCAUACAUGGGGCCUGGGCCGCUUGGGGUCCCUGGGGCCACUGCUCGGGGUCCUGCCACGGUGGACCCAGCGCACCUACCCAGAGACGAAGCCGCACGUGUUCUGCACCUGAGCCCUCCAAGAAGCCUCCUGGGAAGCCGUGCCCAGGGCUGAACCACGAAACCCGGCCCUGCUCUGGCCUGCCACCCUGCCCAGUGGCUGGGGGCUGGGGGGCAUGGGGUCCUGUGACCCCCUGCUCUGUGACCUGUGGCCUGGGGCAGACCCUGGAAAGACGGAAGUGUGAUCACCCUGUGCCCCAGCAUGGGGGCCCCCCCUGUGCUGGUGAGGCCACCCGGACCCACAUCUGCAACACAGCUGUGCCCUGCCCUGUGGAUGGAGAGUGGGGGUCAUGGGAGGAGUGGAGCCCCUGCAUCCGUCGGAACAUAAACAAUAUCAACUGUAAGGAGAUCCCGGGCCAGCAGACACGCUCGAGGAGCUGCAAGGGCCGCAAAUUUGAUGGACGGCGGUGCCUCGGGCAACAACAAAUUAUCCGUCACUGCUAUAACAUCCAGCAAUGUAGCUGGAAAGGCUCAUGGUCGGAGUGGAGUUCCUGGGGGCUAUGCAUGCCCCCGUGUGGACCCAACCCCGUCCGCACCCGCCAGCGCCUCUGCACGGCCCAGCUCCCCAACUUCCCGCCCACCAUUACCGUGGUCGAAGGUCAGGGUGAGAAGAACGUGACCUUCUGGGGAAAACCAUCAGCACGGUGCGAGAUGCUGCAGGGGCAUAAUACGGUGGUGGAGGAGAAACGGCCAUGUCUACACGUGCCUGUCUGCCAAGACCCUGAGGAUGCGCAGCCCUAACACCGCCCUCUCCCACUCUGACCCCUUGCCCUCCCAGACCUCAAUAAAUGGGCCUCUUCCCCAGGA